UCUGGGUCAUGACGUGUUUAGUGGUCGCCAUCAUAAAGUUGCUGCACAUUGCUGAAUACAGACACGAGUGACAUGAGCGUCUAAAUGCUGCUAUUCAUGCUUUUAUAACACCGUGUGACGCGCGUCAGCUGCUUUUAACGCGAAACUGAGCGAUUCUGCCGCGGAGCGUUUGUGUUCGCUGAAGAUGGCGUCUGCUGGCAGCGAGGCCAGCGUGGACUCUAAAGCGGAGUUGAGCUCUCUACUGGAGCAAUGGGAACGAGACCAACAGGCCGGGACAAGUGAACUGCUCAACAUACUGACCAAGAUUUCUGAUCUAGUUGAACGGGAGACAGAGGAAUAUCACAAGGCUGAUCCUGAUCCGUUUGAUGACCGACAUCCAGGACGGGCAGACCCGGAGUGCAUGCUGGGACACCUGUUGAAAAUCUUAUUCAAGAAUGAUGAUUUUAUGAAUGCGCUGGUGAAUACGUACGUGAUGAGCAGCAGGGAGGUGUCGAUGAACACCGCUGCAUGCAGACUGCUACUGAACAUCAUGCCUGGCCUUGAGACUGCUGUUGUCUUUCAGGAAAAGGAUGGGAUUGUGGAGCGAUUGUUUAAAUGGGCACGGGAAGCUGAACAGCCUCUCAGGAUCUACGCCACAGGACUGCUGGCAGGGGCCAUGGAGAACCAGGACAUUGCUGCCAACUAUCGUGAGGAGAACUCCGUACUAGUUCCUCUGAUGCUGCAGAGGCUACGAGAACUUCAGGAUAAGGAUGCAGAGAACAGGAGGGACAGCAAACGUCCGGUCAAGAGUCUCGCUCCUCUUCUGCCUGUGGACGAGGAAGCCGUGGACACAGAGUUUGCCAACAGCAUUCCUCACGUUGAAGAGAAAAACUCUGAAGCUGAGCUUCCCGUUCAGCCCUGUUCUGCUGUGAGGACCGUGGGCAGGUGUGCACUGAUGAAGGGUCAAAUGAAGCCCGCCGUAGCGCUGGCGUUAGACUCCAGUAAUACAGAUGUUCCUGAAGAAGGCAUGAAGAACUGGAGGAAGAAAGAGAACGGAGGCAAAGUGAAGCAGAAGCUCAACUUCUCCAUGCCAGAUCCAGAACGAAGCUUCAGUGAGCUGUCUAACAGCAGCUGGUCAGAGAUGAGCCCGUGGGUCAUAGGAAACAAUUACCAUCUGUACCCGCUCACACCCGGCAUAGAGCAGCGUCUUAUUCUGCAGUAUCUUACCCCACUGGGAGAAUACCAGGAGUUGUUGGCUGUUUUCAUGCAGCUAGGCGCUCGUGAGCUUCUGAUGCACUAUGUGGACCUCAAACAGACAAACGAUGUCCAGCUCACUUUUGAAGCCCUGAAGUACUUGGCGUCUCUCCUCCUCCAUAAAAAGUUUGCAGCCGAGUUUGUGGCUCACGGUGGAGUGCAGAAGUUACUGGAGAUCCCGCGCCCCUCCAUGGCCGCCACGGGCGUCUCUCUGUGUCUCUAUUAUCUUGCCUACAACCAGGACGCCAUGGAGAGGGUUUGCAUGUUGCCACAUUCUCUGCUGUCUGAGGUGGUGAACUACACAUUGUGGCUGCUGGAGUGCUCGCACGCGUCCGGCUGCUGUCACGCCACCAUGUUCUUCUCCAUCUGCUUCUCCUUCAGAGCCGUCCUCGAUCUCUUCGACAAACAGGACGGCCUGCGGCGCCUGGUUAAUCUGAUCAGCACUCUGGAGAUUCUUAAUCCUGAGGACCAGGGGGCGCUGUUGAGUGACGAUGAGAUUUUCUCCAGUAGACAGACGGCCAAACACACCUGCAUGGCUCUGCGCAGGUAUUUUGAGGCUCACCUGGGCAUUAAAGUGGAGCAGGUGAAACAAUCACUUCAUCGCACUGAGGGAGGCGUAGCUGUACACUCGCAGCCCUAUUACAAGGCAUGCUCAUACACCCAUGAUCAGGUGGUGGAGAUGGUGGAGUUUUUGGUUGAAUAUGGACCGGUUCGUUUAUACUGGGAGCCUGCGGAGGUCUUCCAUAAACUCUCCUGUGUCCAGUUACUCCUGCAGCUAAUUUCUAUUGCCUGCGACUGGAGGACCUACUACGGCAGAGCUGACACAGUUAGGUAUGCUUUGGACAUCUUGAGCAUUUUGACAGUUAUUCCUAAAACCCAGUUGCUGUUAGCUGAGAAUGUUCCUGUGUUGGAUGAAAGUGGAUCCACCAUCUCUACCGUUGGUAUGAGCAUAGUGCUGGUGGUGGCAGAGGGUGAAGUGUUUGUGAAUGAUGCAGAGAUCCAAAAGUCUGCCCUGCAGGUGGUGAUUAACUGCGUUUGUGCUCCUGACAAGCGCGUCUCCAGCAUAAGCAGGUUCAUCUCUGGUACCCCACGCCGCCGCCUGCCGCAGACCCACCGUGUAAGUGAAAGUGUCUUGGGGAAGAUGUGGAACGUGGUUCAGUCGAACAAUGGUAUCAAAGUCCUGCUGUCCCUGCUCACCGUCAAGAUGCCCAUCACAGAUGCCGAUCAGAUUCGUGCGCUAGCGUGCAAAGCGCUGGUCGGUUUAGCGCGCAGCGCCGCCGUGCGUCAAAUCAUCAGCAAGCUUCCACUUUUCAGCAGUGGACAAAUCCAGCAGUUAAUGAAAGAGCCAGUACUUCAGGAUAAGCGCAGUGAGCAUGUACGCUUUUGCAAGUACGCAGCAGAACUUAUCGAGCGAGUGUCCGGAAAGCCGCUGCUAAUCGGCACGGAUGUUUCGCUGGCGAGGCUCCAGCGUGCUAACGUUGUAGCGCAGUCGCGCAUUUCGUUUCCCGAGAAGGAACUCUUGUUGCUUAUUCGUAAUCAUCUUUUAUCCAAAGGGCUUACGGACACAGCAGUGGUACUAACCAAAGAAGCCGAGCUGCCCAUGGGGCUUCACUCACAUGCUAGCAGUCUGCCGUUCAAUCCCGUAUCCGUCACGACGACGCCGCCUCCGGUCGUCGCCAUACCACGGACUCCUCGGCUCACGAACGGAGUUACGGGACGCCUGGGUGGCCACACCCCUCACACGCCUCCUCAUCAGCCCCGCCCCUCCACCUCACAGGCUCCACCCCCUCCAUCUCUUACUGCUUUUCACCAUAGCAACAACUCUCCUAUCAUUGGCCGUAUUGUGUUCUCACGGGAGCGGCCUUCACCUUGUGCAUCAGCGGGAGCGAAGAGGCCGAAAGUGUUGAGACCGAAGUCUGAUCACGGUGCUUUUAGCCAGAGCCCGGCCAUGAAGAAACAGCUGGACAGACACCUGCCCUCCCCUCCCUCUCUAGACAGUAUUAUAACAGAGUAUUUACGAGAGCAGCAUGCACGCUGCAAGAACCCUGUGACAACGUGUCCGCCCUUCAGUCUCUUCACACCACACCAGUGUCCAGAACCCAAGCAGAGACGUCAGGCACCUGUUAACUUCACCCCUCGACACACACGCAGGGUCGUCUACCCCAAAUACGGCGGAGUGGAUGGAGGAUGUUUCGACAGGCAUUUAAUCUUCAGCAGGUUUCGGCCGAUCUCCGUAUUCAGGGAGGCAGAGGAAGAUGAGAGCGGCUUCAUGUGUUGUGCGUUCUCUGCACGUGAGCGUUUCCUGAUGUUGGGCACGUGCACCGGUCAACUCAAACUUUACAAUGUGUUCAGCGGUCAAGAGGAAGCCAGUUACAGCUGUCAUAACUCAGCCAUCACACACCUGGAGCCAUCCAGAGAUGGGUCUCUGUUGUUGACGUCAGCAUCAUGGAGCUAUCCCUUAUCAGCACUGUGGGGUAUGAAGUCUGUCUUUAUUAUGAAGCAUUCUUUCCUGGAUGAUCAUUAUGUGGAGUUCAGUAAACUCUCUCAGGACAGAGUCAUAGGAACCAAAGAGCACAUCGCACACAUAUAUGACAUUCAGACUGGACAAAAAACCCUAACCCUCAAUAACCCUGAUCUAGCCAAUAACUACAAACGCAACUGUGCCACAUUUAAUCCCACCGAUGACCUGGUCCUGAACGACGGUGUCAUGUGGGAUGUGCGAACUGCUCAGGCCAUACACAAGUUUGACAAGUUCAACAUGAACAUCAGCGGUGUCUUCCAUCCCAAUGGUUUAGAGGUCAUCAUCAACACAGAGAUUUGGGAUUUGAGGACGUUUCAUCUUCUGCACACUGUACCGGCUCUGGAUCAGUGCAGGAUCGUCUUUAACAAUAAUGGGACGGUCAUUUACGGAGCAAUGCUUCAGGCUGAUGAUGAGGAUGAUAUGAUGGAGCAGCAGAUGAAGAGUCCCUUCGGAUCUUCAUUCAGAACCUUUGAUGCUACAGAUUACAAACCCAUUGCCACUAUUGAUGUGAAGAGGAACAUUUUCGACUUGUGCACAGACACGAAAGACUGCUACCUGGCUGUCAUUGAAAAUCAGGACUCCAUAAAUAUGGACACAGUUUGCCGACUGUACGAAGUUGGACGACAGAGACUUGCUGAGGAAGAAGAGGACGAGGAAGAUCAAGAGGAUGACGAUCAGGAUGAAGAUGAUGAUGACACUGAUGAUGACAUUGAUACAGACCCGCUGUUGGCAGAGCUUGAAAACGAAAACAACGGUGAGGAAGAGGAGGACGUUGAGCAGGAUUUCUCUCCAUCUGAUGAUGAGGAGGUGGCUCGUCUCCUGGAUGAAGAAGCUGAGGACGACGACGACGACGAUGAUGACGACGACGACGAUGAUGAUGACGACGACGACGACGAUGAUGAUGAAGAAUAUGAAGAUUCUGAUGACAACGAAAGAGAUGUGGAGCUUGUACUUGGCAACACAGACAGCUCUGAUAACUCUGACCUGGAAGAUGACAUCAUCCUUUCCCUAAAUGAGUGAUCCUUAAAACCUCAACAACAGGCUGAAGUACCAGACGUACCUCCAGAGAAGAUCAGGAUAACAACAAAUAAGAUGCAGGCCGACCGGCUUUGGACUUGUGAACGGCCCCUAAAAUCUUAAUUCAAUAUGGAAUUGUUGAAAAACAACAAUAAGGACAUAUAAACAAAUGUCAUUUGUAUGUACAAAAAAGUUUUUUGUUUCUGCUGAGCUCUUUUUACAGCCUCUUUGAAUGUCUGUUCAGUUUUAGAGGACUGAUGGAUUUUAUGCUCUUAGUUUUUUUUUGUCCAUCUUUACAUGAUCUACUAGUUGCAUAGAGGCAGUUGUUGACAAAACUGCAUAAAAAAAUAUAUGUUCAGUUGUACGAGAAGAAGAAAAAAAGAGUUUUUAUUUAAGGCCCCAUUUGUUAAUUGACAAAUUGGAUUGAAUCUUAGAGACGUUUAAACUCUUGGUUCGUUGAGCAGUAAUUCUCUAUUAUUUCAUUGAUAUGAAGAUGACUUUCAGGCCCAUCUUUAGUCCCCGUGACCUGCGCUGAAAUCCUCAGCUGUGAUUGGAUGAAGUAAAGGUUACACAGACUUAAAUUCUAUUUCACGUGAUGAUGUUAAACAUCCAGCAUUUGUGUGAAGCUUCAUUUACUUUCUGGUUUCAUGUUCUUCAUGUUUACCAAAAGUAAAGAACUAAAAAGACAUCUUGUGUACAAAAUGUAUUAAAAAUAUUUUUACUAUAAAUGCUAUUACAAUAAAGCAGUCAACUGUCA